AUGAUGGACGUUAAUGGGCACGAGGAGAUUUCGGCUGUAGCUCUUGAGGCCGAAGUAGAGAAACUACGGGAGAUAGCCAACAUGAUGGACGUUAAUGGGCACGAGGAGAUUUCGGCUGUAGCUCUUCAGGCCGAAGUAGAGAAACUACGGGAGAUAGCAUCAUUACACGAUGAUGGGCAUGAGGAGAUUUCGGCUGUAGCUCUUCAGGCCAAAGAAGAGAAACGACAAGAGAUAGCAUCAUUACACGAUGAUGGGCAUGAUGAGAUUUCGGAUGCCAUCAGCCAGGUGGUCAAAGACGCCACGUUUUAUGCAGCCAAGCCUGUACGCGGGCGUUCAGAAAUACCUUUCGGAUCUUUGGACCUGGCGAUUCUGGAGCGAGACAUCAAGAGAUUGUCCCCAAACCCAAACUCACCGCAUCUAUUGCUAAAAGCAUUGACAAGUUACUUCAAAGACGACGUGGCCAAACUUGCAUCUUUUUUCGCGGAUGUCAGCUGCAACCCCUUUAAUAUGGCAGUAAUACGACGCAUGCGAGAACACGUGUAUCAAGACUGGAUAGCCAAGAGGACGACGAUAAAAGAAGCUGCUUCCCUUCUUAAGAUUUCGUUACAGGAGAAAGAUCUCCUUGCGAGCAAAAACUACGACACUUGGCUUCGAUACAUCGCGGCCCGCGCCAAGAAUUGCUACGACCGCCCAGAACUCUUCGAUCUCAUCCUCUCGGAGUUGACGGACCUGAUUGGCAAACGCAAAACGGCGAUAGUGUUUGCUAAUGGAAGGAGCAAGAACGUGGAAGUAUUUAAAGUACUGGAGUCAAAGAUGUUCGCGCAAUGGAAAACGGGUGGAUAUAGUCCCGACUCUUUCGAGGUGGGAUAUCAAGCAAGCAGAAAAAGCCGGAUAUACUUCAGGAGUUUCCGAUAG